CUUCCCGUCGGUGUUUUGCGAUAGCAUAGAGUCGCGGACGUGCAAGUUGACAGGUUUAAGCAAGCAGAAGAAGACGAACCUCAGUGUCUUGUAGUAUGCUGUGUGGUCGAGGCAGGUUGGUCCUAUCCAAGGCCAGUGGCCAUCAAACAUUUGCUGCCCGAUGUGUCGGCAGAACCAGAACCUUCUCUGCUGCAAGCUCAGAUGAGCCUUACAUCGCCGUAUCACCCACAGACUCAGGCCCCAGGACUGUGUGGCCUGAUGAGAACAUGGGACCAUUUGGACCUCAGGACCAGCGCUUUCAGUUACCAGGUAACUCGGGUUUUGACUGCCACCUGGAAGGCAUGGGCAACCAAAAGAAGACCCCAGUCCACAGGACAGUGCCUGAUGUACUGACAGUCCCAAGCAGCAUUGAAAGACACCAGUUCAUACUGGCCCAGUUUGUUAAUGAGUUUCAGGGAACCUUGGGUACGAUAGACAUGCGAGUCAACAAAGCCGAGCAGUACUUUAAUCAGACAGACACGGACUGCUCAAUAAAUUCCUGCCCCGAGCUGUUAAGAAAAGAGCUUGAGCUCAUGUUCCCCUCAGCGCCCACCAAUUCCAUCACAGUCGUGACGGUCACACAGAGUAACAGUUGGUGCGAGGGGGCAGUAGAACAGGACAGAGACCAGCUGCUCCACAAAUUUGUGAACGGAGCAAAGGAAAUGUGCUUCGCUCUGUGGACUGCAGGCUACUGGGCGGACUUCAUCGACCCAACAACAGGGGAAGCAUUCUUUGCAUCACCACAAAGUCAACCCAAACUACGGACAGAGGAGGAACUGAGAGACUUGGGCUUCCACAUUGAAGUGUCGGGCUCCUGCACAGUUAUUCGCCACAUCCUGAGAGGAACGCCUUUGUUUGUGGGGACUGUUUUCACCAAUGCACCCACUCACAGUGCUGCUAUUGCAAGACUACAAGGACUUUCAAAUGCGCUCCCUGAUGAGGAGUAGGCUUUUUACAAUGCCUCUAUUUAUGGUUUGAAGAAGCUUGGAACUUAAUAUAUGGUAGUGUUGGUACAUCGUUGUGUCAGUGAGAGGUUAUGCUGAGUUUGUCUUACUGUAACAAGGAUUUGACGGAGACUCUAAUGUCGACCUCGAUGCUGUGCCUAACUGACAAGAGGUCAAUGCUGCACUAAAUCCAGGGACAAACACACACUCUGCAGCGUGAAGAGUUCUCAUGACAAAUGAAAGGCAUUUCAACAUGCGAUAUCUGCUGUUAGAAAACUUUACAGAUGAUGUUGGUGCUUCAAAGGACGACACAAUCCAUGUUUUAUGAUAGUAGGAUCAUGGAUUUGAAAUGUAAACCAAGUUGUCAGGUCAAUAACUUUUCAUACGAACAUGUAGAGUGUUAUUUUUUUCUGUUGCACAUAAUCAAAAGAAACAUGGACACUGUUUCUGUUGAAGCAUCACAGUUGUGACAGAACUGUUGCAAAUAAAGUGACUUCUCAUCAAGUUGCAGUGACACUGUA